AUGGACCUCAAAGCCUGCGAUACCUCCACCGAAAGUGGCCAAAAUCGCAUGACCCUUGUUGAUCGCGACUAUACUAACAAUGCUGGUUGGAACUGGACAUACCCAGUAGUCAACAUCCAAUUCGAUAGCGAAACAGCAAACUUCACUUUGGUUGGAUAUGCCGCUGGUUUCCCGUAUCUGAUUGAUAGAUACGACUCCUCAAACCCACUGGGUCCAAAUAAGGAUGAGGUGCAGGGAACGAUCAAAGUUUCCUUCAAUGGGGUCAUCGAUCCGUACCACUCCGACACUCUAGUCAACACCAGCACAAUGCCUACAUGGCUGAGAACUGUAGGCUUUGGAAACAAUUCUAUUAAUAUCGGCUACAACAGUGGCUCUAUGAGCUUGCCCCGCCCAGUGCGCUGGGAGGCUGCCGCAAUUUGCUCCUUCGUUUCCUUGGCUGUGAUUUAUUCCUAA